AGCCAAAAUAGUGCUUUUUUUUUUUUUACCACCCCCUCAACCUUCACGAGUAAUGAACAGUCCCUAAAUAUUAUAGAAUAAAACAUGACAAAACAAAAAAAUCAAUUUAAAUUCUCAAAUACAAAAAAACGACUUAGUGAAGCUACAAAUAUUUGUCCCAGUAUUGUAAAAAGUCUCUGAAAUUUGCUUUUGACUGAUAAAAAAUAAAAUAAAAAUCGCGGCAUUUAUUUUGAAAUAAAGAACCGGAAGUGGUGUCAGAUUACCGGCAGUUUACCGCUGGUCCGUUCAGGCCCAGUCAAAACAAUGCAGCUUUAAAUAUUCAACAAUUAUUAACCGUUAACCUCGUCGUGCUGUGAACCGCGUGCUGUUUUAUUUCGUUAACGUUCACUAACGUCGUUUUAACGGUUGUCUGUGUCCGCAGCUGUCUCCGGUGUGAAGCUUCUCCCGUGGGUGUUUUUUGUGUUGUUCUCUGUAACGGUUGGAAAUGGAGACGGCUAACAGGCGUCUGAUGCUAGGUAGCCUGAGAGCGGCGGUGGGGAGCGGCUGAAAACACCGUAAAACGGUAAAAAUAAGAGCCGGGAGCGGGCGGUGAGGAGUGGGCGUCGAGGCUAGAAAGACAGGCGGAUUAAAUAACGGUGGGCUGGUAGCAUGGUGGAGUAGGCGUCUGCGGCGUCGACGCUAUCGGGCUCCUGCGACCGACCGACGGACGAUUCGCUCUCACCGGGGAGGAUCACCAUGGCCCCGGGCUCUCUGGUGGCGGCCUGCCGCAGCCUGGCCCUCUCUACGUGGCUGCUCUCCUUCUGCUUCGUCCACCUGCUGUGCCUGGACUUCACCGUUGCCGAGCGGGAGGAGUGGUACACCGCCUUCGUCAAUAUCACCUACGUGGACCCGGCCACCUCGGAGCUCCGCACCGAGAAGACGGAGUGCGGUCGCUACGGGGAGCACUCUCCCAAGCGGGACGCCAAGGGGGUAGUGGUCCUGCCCGCCUCCCCGCACGACCGCCAGGCCUGCGACCCCAACACCCGGUUCGCGGUGCCCGCACAGGCCGGGGCCUGGGUGGCGCUGAUAGCCCGGGGCAACUGCACCUACAAGGACAAGAUCCGCCACGCUGCAGCCCACAACGCCUCGGCGGUGGUCAUCUUUAACGUGGGGUCCGCUAAUGCUAACGACACCAUCACGAUGCCUCAUCCAGGUACAGGUGAGGUGGUCGCCAUCAUGAUCCCGGAGCCAAAAGGCCGCGAGGUUGUGUCACUGCUGGAGCGCAACGUGACGGUCACCAUGACGAUCACCAUCGGGACGAGGAACCUGCAGAAGUACGUCAGCAGGACAUCGGUGGUGUUCGUGUCCAUCUCCUUUAUCGUGCUGAUGAUCAUCUCUCUCGCCUGGCUCGUCUUCUACUACAUCCAGAGGUUCAGAUACGCCAACGCACGGGACAGGAACCAGCGUCGUCUCGGCGAUGCGGCGAAGAAGGCCAUCAGUAAGCUGCAGGUUCGCACCAUCAGGAAGGGUGACCAGGAGACGGAGGCCGACUUCGACAACUGUGCUGUCUGCAUUGAGGGCUACAAGGCUAAUGACGUGGUCCGCAUACUGCCCUGCAGGCAUUUGUUCCACAAGAGCUGCGUGGAUCCGUGGCUGCUGGAUCAUCGCACGUGUCCCAUGUGCAAGAUGAACAUCCUCAAAGCUCUGGGCAUCGCUCUGAACGCAGACUGUCUGGACGACCUGCCGCUGGACUACGACCUGGCCCUGGGCGGUGUCGGGGGGGUGGGUGUGGGUGGCGUUGGGGCCCUGGCCCUAGAAGCUGUGGUGUCUGGGGCGUCCAGUGACGGCACGCUGAGCGAGGGCGGCUCCUCGGUGGUGCUGGACCCCGGGGUGCGACGGGUGGGACUCCCUCAGGACUACCAGGACCCCGACACACUGAGAGACAGCCCUGUGACUGCCACCACUGACACACACACAGGUGAGCUACAGCCAAUGGCGAGCAGCGCCUCGGUGGCAUCAUUGGUCAUCACCGUGGAAACGGGUCUCUCAGAUGAGGAGGGGUCCAUGGAGCAGUCUCAGCUGGGGGACAAGUCCUGAGAGCAGCACAACAGAACCAAACCAGGACCCCGGGCCAAAACAGACUCAAAUCAGGUUCAGACUUUUAACAGACUUCAUUUGAAGCUCCAGAGAACGACCUGACUAAAACCAGAUCUGAACCUAUCCUUACUGCACCGGACUGAGCGUGACCCAGGACCUGGUUCUGGUUUUUGACCGGUUCCAAGUGGAAGCUAAAACCCAGAACCAGCACCGGUGUUUGACUGGGUUUUUCUCUUUGGACCUGUGUGAUACAGAACUAUACCAAACCAACUGGACCGCAGGUGGACUUGAGCCUAGCUAGAAGCAGGGUCUAGACUAUGAUGGGUUUUCAUGUAGUGGAUCUAAGUUGGAUAAACGUGUCUGUGACCUGGAUUGGCUUUGUUCUUUUAUUCUCCUCCUGGACCCUUGACGAGUUUGGACCCAGGACAUAACUUGGUAACAUGUGUGAUCCAGUGUGUUUACCUUGGUCUCACCCUCGGCUCUCCUUGGUAUAACCAGGUGUUGCUCCAACCGUAAACUGGGACAUACCUCGUGUCUGUCUGUUGUCGCUCCGUGCAGAUGUCUUAAUCAAUCCACAUUUGCCUCAUGCUGUUUCUAGAAAUAGACCCCAACUUCUUUAUGGUUCUACCCCUCUGUUGUCAAUCCACAGUGACAGAAAGAACUUCACAGAAGUCCAGUCCAUUUCAAAUAAUGUUGCGACAUUUCUCUCCUGACUUGAUGAACUUUUGAAGGUCGGAUGGAAUUCACACUGAGUCUCCACAAGCCACAUUUAUACUCAGAGAAACAUGAAGAUGAUAUUGAACUCACCUCGAUACUCGCCUCAACAGGGUAGAACCUGAGAAAGUCGUCUGCCAAAUUAGGAUCCACUCUUCGAGGGUCAAUAUUCUCCUUCAUCAGCAAAUCUGGAGGAUCUUUGACGAAUGCGUGAGAACUCCAAACACCAGAUUGUGUGUUUUUAAAAGUGUCUGUGAGUGAUCCAGGCCAGGAAUCUAGAUUUACCUGUGUAUUUCUACCUGUUGUGCUUCAGUACGGAGUGCUCUUGUCUCGGGACCUUUUGUGGAAUAUUCUGUUACCUGGUUUUUCCAGGUAGGAGAGGAACAACAAAUAAACAAACCUUGAUAGGACUCAGUAUCGGGGCUGCUCCCUUCUCACCCUGGUCUGAAUUCUUGGAAGAUUUCAUCUCUGGUUAAGUUAGCUCAUUUUGAUUUGCCUGCCAACAUGCCAGGCGCCGUGUGUGACGUCUGCGGUGACUGACUUUUCAUUUUGGAAAGGAGGACUUUUAUUUUUGAAAGGACUACUCCAGGCUGUCGAUUUGGUUUGUUUCUUUUUCUAGUGUUUUGCUAAAACGGUGGACUCGUCGUGGCAGUAUUACAGCUACAGUUUGACUGCAGUAUUGAAUAACAACUACACACAGUAUUUUGUUUUUUUCUCUUUUUGCCUGUCAGUAUAAUUCAAGGCUCCUUUAUCUUCACAGCACAGUAGUGCUGACAGUUUGGUUUGGAUGCUCUCCAAACAGGGUUCCUAUGUGUCUGGGAAAACUGGUGACACGAAGAAAAACUCUUGACUGAUUGCAGGGCUGUACAGAAUAUUAUAAGGUAUGAGAAAGCGUGUUAAAUGUAAAAUUUCAAUAUAAGAAAUAAUGCUGACUGUAAAGCACAGAUGAAGUCAAAUGUGUGAAAACAGUGACAAAUCUUGCAGCGUGGGUCUUCACAUACAGAUCAUUUGGAGAAAGUGAUGACAAAAUAAAUGCCACCAUAACGUAGGAGAGUUUUAAGCUGCACCACCACCUGUUCUCCUUGGUAGACUUUCUAUUUACACAAUUUUCAGAAACAUCCGUAGCGCUGGGCAGACACUGCAUGUUGUUACUCAUUCUCACACGUCAAAUCUUAAACUGCCUUGCUUUAUUUUCACGCAUAAACAACCAGCGUCAAUGUAGAGCUCUCACUGAAGGAACCUGAAACACCUGUUUGGUUUUGUCCAGUGACGGUUCCAAUAAAGUUUAUUCAAACAUAACAACCAUAUCCUCGACAAUGUUGAGGACUAUGAACGGAAAGUAAGAAGCUGCUCUGCUCUGCAACAAAUUCGAAAAAAAGUCAAAGUUUUAUAUCAAAGCAGUUUCAGACAAGACUCAACCAUGGAUGUAUAAAGAGAACUGGAUACAGAGUCGAGCCGGGGCCCCGUACAUACAUAUGAAGGUUGCUCAGUGGUGCAUGGAUCCAAAAAAUGUUCGACUUGCCCUUGUAAAAUUCCCCCAAUCUUACAAUCUACUUCCACAUCACUGGGCCCAUAGAGCAUGGAUGUAUAAAGAGACCUGGAUACAGAGUUGGAAGCAGCUGUUUCCACGGUAUGAAAAUGACCAGAUCUUAUGCAUCGUCGGGCCGUUAGAGCAAGACCACUGGAAAUUUCCUCCGGCCAAUAGCUUAACUUCUAGUUUCAGGUUUCGCUAACUUGAAUGGGGAUGAAACAAUUUAAACAUGCAACUCUCUUAGACAUUCAGAAUGUUAUCAGUCAUUUUGUGGGGGUUGUGAUGCCCCAAAAACUGUAUUUACUGAUUUGCAAACGUCUCUUUUGCGAUAUAAAUUUCCGAGAAAAGGUCUUUUUGGGCCCCAUGGCAUCACGUGACGGACAUGGAAGUUGUAAUUAUACGGUAUGGCCACUAUGCCCACUUGGCUUCAAAGCGGAGCACUGUUUUUGGGGUCUUGGCCACAACGUGUAAAAUAAUAAGUACUACUUAGAGGACUUAAAGUUUAAGUAUUAUUCUACACAUUGUGGCCAAGACCCCAGAAACAGACUCAAAGUUUAUAAUGGAUCUUUUGACAGUAGCCAUGUUGAGAAAUUGUACAGCAGAACCAACCACAAUUUCGGACAUACCAGAAGUUCACCUGAAUGUCUGACAGCCAGAUCGUCAACGGCUUCGGCAGUUAAUACGGCAUUGUAAUUGGGGGGUUGUUAUCAGGCAAUCUGUCCAGUCAGUCCAUGCUACAUUGAGUCGGGGUGACGAAUUUGAGGUUUAAAUUGGAUGCAAACCGCGCAGUGUCUGUCUGGCUAGUUAGGGGAUUAGGGGAUGGAAAGACUUUCCUCAUCAGUCUUCCAUCGUGGCCGUCGUAACAUUCUGUAAGUGUUAAAAUGCCAUGUAGGAACCCUGUCUAUAGUGUUGCCUUGUUUUGUUUCAAUGUCCGUCCAUCUGUCCGUCUGCCUGACCACGUGUCCAAAACCCCUGGCCUCAUGCUGCCUUUUUAAAAACACCUUUACCUUUAACCCUGACAAUCAAGAAUCGGAUCUUUUACUUGCUAGUUGGGGAUCUUUUCUCCGAACUCUAGCAAACCUAAGAGGUGUCUUUCAAACACGCCUUCUGUACACCACAGUAGGUGUUUGCUGCCAUGACCAUUUCAGUUUCAAUUUAAGCGCCACCAAAUCAAGCUGUGAAAGACGAUAGAGAGACGGUACCCAGAGUCGUAGACAUGACGGAGUUUAGCAAAGAAUCCCUCCCCGCUUUAGUGAGUGUAGCUCACUCUGGAUGCCAAGCAUGUAAAUAUAAAAUGUAUACUCCACACGUUCACUACGUCACGUGGCAUUGCUGUCGGUUUGCCAAACUGGUGUGCAGACUGUGUAGAGCUGCGGCCGCGUCGUGGCGUCCCCGGCGCAGAGAGAGAUAAAGAUUGUCGUCUAUUUUGAUACCAGAGGAGACAUUUAUUUUUGUAAUGAAGACACCCAGCAGCAAAGACUGAUUUCCCUCCCCUCAUGACCCCAUGGCCUGGUGAUUCUCAAUGUGAUUGAGUGUUGAUCAGGCAGAUUUAAGUGUUGAUUAUUUGUGUAAUUGUACAUACCUACAGUACGCUAAGGACCUUGACGAUAAGACUCUAAACUAUUGUAAGAUUUUCCGUAAAUAUUCAGGAUCUGAUUGUUAAUGAUGAAAACUGAACCUGAGAGAACUGAACCUGAGUAAAGGCUGGAGAACCAACGCUGUACUGUUUAUUUCCCCCUGUCACUUUUGGUACUAAUUUUUUAUUUUUUUUUAAUUCCCAUUGGUGUAAAUGUUAAAUAAAACCUGUUUCAUUGAUUUAAUUAAGUACAAAGCACUUAGAUCACAAGAUUUGACUUCUGAAACUAAACAUUUAAGUGUAAUUAAGACCGUCUCACAGCUUUGCGUGUACAUAGCAUUGUUUUCCAGACCCUGGACCUGCAGUCUCGGUAAAUUUAAGCAAAGCAAACAGUGCAACUAGUCUCCAUAAGAAGAAAAACCAUCACACGAUUUAGUCUGUGGGAUUUGUAGUUAGCAUUCAACUCUUAGUAUGAAUAAUUAACAGGAUGUUUUUGUCAAGGAAAGCUCGGUUUCUUCGAGUUAAAAUUGGUACCAAAUUCUAAGAAGCAGUACUUGUGUUGGUGUUUCCGGUCAAACCAAUGGCUUCAUUUUCUCACAGAAACCAUGAAGACUUUUAAGUAUUUUCUUCCUACUUUGCUUCCCAGGCUUCAUCUUUCCUCUCUGCUCACAGUUCACUCUCAGUUCAGUCAGUUAUCAAGUAUAUAACAAACACUAGUUCAUUUAAAACACUGGUGGGGAACGAAUUUGCUGUAAUAUAUGAAGAUGAUGGAUUUGUACGCCUUGUCUCGGCCAAUAUUCAGUGAACGAUGUUUUAAUUAAAGUCACUUCCUUUGUGUUGUAAGCUUUAUUUUCAAGGAAUUUACCCAAUGUUUGUUUUCACAUUUGCACUGUUUCAUUCCCUUUCUGUCUUUCUGUUUUUUAUGUGACUGCAAUUCUGCCGCCACAGUCAUGAAAGUGAAAUUGAACACGAUCCGUUUCUUCCAUUCUUCUAGUAGAGACUGAGGCUGCCGUGGCGUGUUGGUCCCCGUUAAGUGUUUGGCGGAUAUUGAACCUCAAAUACUGAUUUGUGAACGAACAAAAAAAACGUAUAACUGUCGAACUUGUCUUGUAGCUACAAUUUCUAUAUAAAUAUAAUCAUGAGACAGGAAGUCAUAAAUACGAGAUUUGGAAAAUCUAUUGACGACAUAAUGUAUUGUCUUUUUUCAGCAGGUCUUGAAAGUAAAAAUAGGAUCCCUUUCAGAAAAAGUUUUUUACGCAGCUAAUGUGCUAAAAUGGGACCUUCAUGUCACGGCUAGUAAUGACGUCUGAUUGGUUUUUCACAACCUAUUGGCUGUUACCCCCGAAUGUUGUGUUUUGAUUGGUUGCUCGGCCUCUUUUUUUUUGAUGCACUUUAAUUCUGUUUCUCUGGAAGGUUCUGGAAAAGUCUCGUCUUGCCUUUUAUACUUUCUUUUUGCUUUUUUAACUUUCCUUUGUCUUUGCUCUAUUCUGCCCCUCCCUCACAACUUGUUUAGUUUCCUCCACUUCCUCUUUUCUUUCUCAUUGUCGAAAGAGGGAUUUAUACUUGUGCAUCAGCUCCUCCGCCAUAGCCUACGCUGUUGUGAGCAUUUAUACUUGUGCGGUGGUGUGUCUGCCACUGUGCAGUUACACCUCAAAAACUAGUUGGAGGCGGAGGUUUCUGUGAAGUUUAACUGAUUCAAAACACACAUUAAACACACAUUAAACAUGGCUUAAUAGACAGUUUCAAACACAAGUACACAAAUCAGCUUCACUAUAACUCGCAGCAUUCACAGACAAACACUUGUCUUUAUCUGUACACAUUUUCCCCACAAAUACAACAUGCUAAUGUUAUUAGCACAAGCCUAUGGCAUUUUACUUUGUAUAAAUUAGCCUAGCAGCUAGCGGACUUCUCUCAUCUCAUGUGAAACCAGGGACAACAGCAACAUUGAACAAAGUUACAUAAUUUGGCUCCAUUACAACUCACAAGGUUCACUGACAAAACAACUGUCUUAUACUAAACAUGUUUUCCAAACAAAUACAACAUGCUAACGUUAUUAGCGCCAGCCUAUGGCAUUUUACACUGUAUAAAUUAGCCUAGUGACGAGCGGAGAUUUCCUCUGCUCAUAUGAAGCCAGGAUAAAUCACACACAAGACUUAAAAUGAUAUUUAUUUUUGUGGAGGCUUUGUUGUCUUCACAAUUUAUUGUUUCUUAUCUGUGAAAUUAACGUAAAUAAAAGCUUCGUUUCCACUGAGGGAAAUGGUUUCAGCGUUUCUGUGUCACUGCGACAUGUAGUUACAUUUCUUGGGAGGUGCACGUCAGGCUACGGCGUAGGUAUGGCGUUGAUUCAAUGCACAAGUGUAAAUUCUGCCUUAACAGUGUUGGUUUUUCUCUGGCACUCUUCUCAAGAUUUCGGUUUUAAAAAUGUAUGGGGUUAUUUUGUCUGAUGGUGUUUACCUUUGGUUAUCUGGAAAAUGUUUCCUGGUCCAUAUUGACCUACAGAUCAUAUGUAUUUGUAGACUGACUGCCAUAUCUUUUGCCAUAUAUUGUAAUUUGUGUCGUAGUUUGUUUUGUUUCUUUCCCAAUGCAGGUGAAUCCUGAGCCAUGUAAUCCCACUGGGAUUACGCACUUUAAUCGAAUUAAUUACUGACGAACGCAGCGGCGGUGUUAAAAAAAAAGUAGCUUGAAGAACAUAAAAACUGACACAACGCCUGCUUUUAGGUGGAUUUGAAUCCAGCAAUUCUGCUAGUGUGAAGUUUGUUAGCAUUCAGUCACAGCUUUAGAAGAGGACGUCAACGGUAAAGAAACGAUGGUGAAAGAAGAAAAUGAAACAAAAAUUUUCAGAUCCUUCCAGAGAGAUGGGGAAAGUUGAGGUGAUCCGAUGCGUCUGUAGCCAUGUUAGCCCCUCUGCUACCUUGACAACAGGGUGUGAAGUGGUGUCGUGUGUUUCUACGAUAUUAAUUGUUUUACAGAGCGUCUGUUUGUGUGGUUGUCCUGUGCACGCAAACACAAAAAUACCUACAUACACACGUGUAUAUACAAGGCGGCGUGACGCCAUGUUGUUUCUGUGUUUCAGUUGUUGCACGUGUUCUGAUUCAGGACAGAAUUUAAAUAAAGUUUUAAUGCAAGUUUUUGUUUUUAUUCCA